AUGGACGAGGAUGCCGAUGCGGCUCUCGAGAAGUUUUUCGAGGAGGACGCUUUGCUGGAGGCCCUGCAGGAUGCUCCCGACGCUUCCGCCCAAGCGGCGGCCUUCAAGGCCCGUUCAUCUCGCCCCCCGGCCCGAGCUGAGAGGAGCGAAGGCUCCGAAAGCCAAGCGGGCUGUCAGAUGCGAGCCGGUGCGCAGGCUCCGCCCAGCUCUCGGGACUCUGCACCCUCACCGAGUGACCUGGAAGCCCCUGGAUCGUCGGGACGACGCCGCGUGAAAGGGAGGUCUUGGCGAGGUACCAUGGCAGUGAUCCUGGUAAGCCUGGUGAUUUGGGCCGGGCUGCUUACAGUCUGGAGCCCUCCAGAGCUGUGGCCAGAUGUUGCGUCUGUGGAAAUGCCGGGCUCGAAGGAGACGAUGAGGAGCACUCCGAGGCCAAUCCAGCUCCCAGGGCAAAGUUCGACGAACGAGACCCGUGCUGCUAUUGCUGCUGGCCCUCGGGGUCGCGUCAAUGUGUCAUGGUCGUCCUUGGAUAUGACUGCUGGCAAUGCCACGGAUGCAUUUGCAGAAAACACCACAGGCGGGGGUCGCCUACCGUUCCGUCGCAAGGGCCGACGUUCUGAUGGCAUUGGCACGUUCACGCUCUGGGAGUUCGUCCGCUGCAGAGCCAACGUCUCUUACGGGUGCUGGCGCCGGUCCUUGCCCGAUGUUGGGCUUGGCGGUGGGGCAGAGGCCAUCUUUCACAGCCAAGCCGGGCACGGGUCCCACGGACCGGUGCCCGGCUGGCCAACUGGCUUGGCUAUUGUUUCACGUUUCUUUUCCUGCAAACUGGGGCAGCAACCCCUCAAGUGGUCUCUUUGGCUUUUCAACAAGGAGCUUCACCCGUACUUCUCAGUCUGCCUGCUAACAUCUCAGCUGAAGAUGUCCGUCUCGAUUCAGAGGUUCUCUGGGGUCAAAGGGGUCUGGCUAUGCAUGCUCACCCUUCCAAUGGUGCGAAUCACUUUCGAUGAAGACGUGGUGCUCCAGCCCUCCGGCCAGGUGACGCUUUUUGAUGGUGUCAACUCAACAUCUUUUGGUCUGGGCAGCGGGGCUGUCAUCGAUGCGAAUGAUUCCAGCCAGUUGGUACUGAACGAGGGGAACUUGGACACGACUUUCCUGACAGAGUUUGUCGGCUAUUACUUGACAAUUGAUGCUGGGACGGUGCAAAGUGUUGGCAGUGGUCUUCCAAAUGCUUUCUUCCAGUAUACUUUCGCCACGGGUGACUUUACUCCACCCAGCCUGGUAUCCGUUCUUCCUUCCAAUGGAGAGCCCUGCCGCAGCCCGAGGGAUUGCAAGCAGUUGGAGACCCUUGCCCUCCUUCUUCUUGGUGCUGACCCUGACGACAGCAUCAACUUGACUUUCUCGGAGGGUGUCGAAGCGUCCCCCGAUGUGGGAAAGGUAGUCACUAUCCAAAACCUUUACACUGGUGCCAGCACCAGUCUGCCAUGCAAGUCGAACUCAGUUGUUCUUGAGUACGACAGUGCCAUCGUGGACCCGGGCGCUUUCAGCGAUCACUGCCAACGGUAUGAAGUUACAUACAGCUCCGGCUGUUUCCGCGACCUGUCAGCCUCCCAAAACGAAGUGGCAGCGCUGUCAGGAGGUGCAUACGUCUUCGAAACAUCGUGCAUCACCGGGUUCAGUCCUGCCAACAAUGCUGACGACCUCGCUUUGGAUGGCAGUAUUGUGAUCAACUUCAGCGAGGCCAUUGAGCCUGGUUCGGGGAACCUGGUGCUGACUCCAGUGGGCCGCGCUGCGCAGUACCGAUCCAUACCUGUUCAAGAUGAACUACAGGCAAGGAAUUGUGCACGAGUGUCUCGUUCCGGCGAUGUUGUGUUUCAGGACCCACUAUUGGCGUCCGAAGUUGCACGCUCCAACCUGUGUCCCAUCAAUGCCGCGACAUUGGACGAUUGCAAGGGCCAGAUCUGGGACAUCACCGUGGCUUCCGGGGUCCUGCGUCGUGCCACUCCAACAACGUUGUUGGCACAGCGAGAUCUGUUGGAGCCUCUCCAGCCCGCGGGCUCGAACGGCGAAACAUACCGCGUUCGCACACGAGCAGCGGACGUCACGCCACCAGGCCGGUCUUCGGAGUGCAGUUUCUAA